UGGGUCAACCAAGAAUAUUCAAAUAAAUUGCCAAUUUUCUUCUCUUCAGUUCUUAUAAAAUAGACUACUUAUUAUUUUUUAAAUUUAUGCAUAUAUAUGAAAAGUCCUUUCAGAAAGGAUAGACUGACUAACUGGUAUAUCAACCUAUACCCCAAUAUCUCAAACCCCUGACUCCAUAUUUGAAAUUUUUCGAAGGUGUUUAACAUUAUAAAAUUAUAAAUAAGUUACGCACUAAGAGUUUAAAUUGUUAGUUAAGAUGAAAAUGGUUUCAAGUAGAGUCACUUAGCUUCAAGUACUAUCGACUACUGACAAACGUACUGUCCGUGAGCAUUUUUUUUUUUUUAUUCAAUUUUAGCGCGCUUCUACAUUUGUUUAAACAAUUGCUCUGAAGUGAACUAAAGCACGUUGAACGCAACUAAACUUGUUUACAAAUAACCACUGAAAUAAAUAGACACUUUUAUCUUUAUAAAUGAAUUUUAUCGUUUUCAAACACUCUAAAAUCUACUGGUACUUCCCCAGUUUUAAAGGUGACUCUCUCGUCGUAUGUUCGCGUAGUACUGACGUAUUGAAUAUCAACGAUUCAAUUAAAUUUUAAUAGUUCGUAGUUAUAUGUCAAGAGAAGCCAAAUGGCUAUGAUUUUUCAUAAGUUUGAAGAAGUUCGGAAUUUAUUAAAUGAUCCCAAGUACAGACAUUUGGAACCUGUUAAUAAACUAUGGGAUAUAUACAAUACCGUAAAAAACGCGAAAAAAGACACUUUAAACCAAAAUGAAGGUGAAAAUUUGAGGAAACAUCCCCUAAUCGUUAUCGAAGGCUUGGACGGUUCGGGAAAAACAACCAUAACUUAUAAAUUAGCCGAAAAAAUUAAGGCAGCGCUAUAUCGCACUCCACCCCUAUGUACGGACGGUUUAAGGGGUUCGUUCGACGAUUGCAAACCCCUUCGCAGGGUAUUUUACGCAAUGGGAAAUUAUAUAGCAGCAGAAGAAAUUAAAAAACUAUUGGAAGAAAAACCUGUUGUUUUAGAUAGGUAUUUAACAAACGCGUAAAUUUUGAUUUAGUUUUGUAUAGGUCUUAUACAUUAAAAUAAAAUUUGAUUGUCAUCAUUUGUAGAGGUUAACACAAUCAGUGGCGUACUAAUAGGGUUUAAUGAGACUUCAUUGGAAGGCCCCAUUUAAAAAUAAAUUACCGAAA